GCGAAAUGCAGUUCUUGGAGGUGAUCUUUAUUGUGGGUCUGAGCAUUUUGUGCUCGCUGGGCGAAUUGGAAGGCCAUGGCAUGAUGUUGAGUCCAGCAGGUAGAUCAUCGCGUUGGCGUUACGAUUCCUCGGCGCCAACAAACUACGAUGACAAUGCCUUAUAUUGCGGAGGCCUCUGGAAACAAACCGAAAAUGGUGGAAACUGUGGACUUUGUGGCGACGAUUGGAGUUUGGAUCAGCCGCGUCCCAAUGAGCUGGGCGGAAAGUACGGCAGUGGAGUGAUUGUUCAGAGCUACGCUGGCUUAACGGAGGCGGAAAUCACUGUCAAGAUAACGGCAAACCAUCUGGGCUACUUCCGGUUCCACAUCUGCAAUCUGGAUGAAAACGGCAGCGAGUCGGAAAAUUGCUUCAACCAGUAUCCCUUGAAUUUCACCGAUGGCAGCCAGAAAUACGAUAUCAACACAGCCACUGGCGAAAUCAAGGUAAUCUUGAAAAUUCCCAGUGAUCUUAACUGCAUUCACUGUGUUUUGCGCUGGACCUACACGGCGGGAAAUAAUUGGGGCGUCUGUGAGGAUGGAACUGGGGCCAUGGGAUGCGGUGCCCAGGAAACCUUUAUAAACUGCGCCGAUAUCAGUGUGCUGUCCUCGGCGAGAAGUAUCAUUCAGGAGGUUCCCGUAGAAGUGGCGGAAUCAGCUUAAUGGGGUCUCAAGCGAACCACUUUGUUAAUCUCAA